UCGUAUAACUCCACUCGCCGCAAUGCUAUCCUAGAAUACUAUGCUAAUAGUGUUGUAUUGUACCGCUAGCAACACAAGCUAAUGUUAGCUAGCUAGGUAUGCUCACGCAGCAAAGUAGUUUAGCUAAGCUAACCGUCAGCAGCGUUGAUUUGGUUAUGAUAUGUGUACAACUCCUCUAACCAUCAAACGUCAAGGACAAACCACUAUCACCGAGGUGGAUUUUAGACUCAAGUCAACAGCACACGUGAACCCCCUGUCAAACUAUUACGUUAGCUGACAGCUGCUAGCCCGUGGUUUGCUAGCAGUUGAUCUGGGGAUUGAACUGACUUGUUGAUUUCGUCAUUAACCAGAUAAUAUACGGUGAAAUGUCCAGACCAGACUCCCCCCUGUACGGGUGGUGGCAGCACGUCUAGUUAUAUGACAGUAACUCCAGUGACACAGAAAACUGGGUUCGAAACGCAACAAGCCGACCUCACAAACUCUGCAAGCAUUCGAGCAGCAGUCCGGCCCAAGCGUCUCGAGUGGAGGCAGAAGAGAGGAAUAUGAGCAUGCAUGGUGCCAGUGGAGGCUCUGACCGUUCACGUGACCGCCGCCGCUCCAGCGAUCGCUCCAGGGACUCCUCACACGAGAGAGAAGGCCAGCUCACCCCCUGCAUUCGCAACGUAACCUCACCCACCCGCCAACACAACACUGACCGUGAACGGGAUGGUCCGUCAUCGAGGCCCGGCAGCCCGCGGCCCCAGAGGGUCUCCCCCAGCGGCUCCAGCAGCAGCGGGGUGGUGAGCAGUCGCACUAGCAGCCUGUCAAGCACUGAAGGCACCUUCAAGAGCAUGGGAGUUGGAGAAAUGGUUUUCGUCUACGAGAAUCCCAAGGAAGGAGGCGCGGGUGCCACUGUGGGAAACCGAAACAUUAGGUCCUCAGAAAGAGUCACUCUGAUUGUUGACAACACACGCUUUGUAGUAGAUCCUGCUAUCUUCAUUGCACAACCAAAUACCAUGUUGGGCAGAAUGUUUGGAUCUGGAAGAGAACAUAAUUUCACAAGGCCCAACGAGAAGGGGGAGUACGAGGUUGCUGAGGGCAUUAGCUCAACAGUUUUCCGAGCAAUUCUGGAUUACUAUAAAUCUGGGGUAAUCCGCUGUCCUGAUGGAAUCUCUAUCCCUGAGUUGCGUGAGGCGUGUGACUAUCUAUGCAUCUCCUUUGACUACAGCACCAUCAAGUGCAGAGACCUUAGUGCUCUGAUGCAUGAGCUGUCCAAUGAUGGAGCUCGACGGCAAUUUGAGUUUUACCUGGAGGAAAUGGUUCUGCCUUUGAUGGUGGCCAGUGCCCAGAGCGGAGAGAGGGAGUGUCACAUUGUAGUCCUUACUGAUGAUGAUGUGGUGGACUGGGAUGAAGAAUACCCACCGCAAAUGGGAGAAGAGUAUUCACAGAUUAUCUACAGCACAAAACUGUACCGAUUUUUCAAGUAUAUUGAAAACCGAGAUGUUGCCAAAUCAGUUUUAAAAGACAGAGGACUGAAGAAAAUAAGACUGGGCAUUGAAGGCUACCCUACAUAUAAAGAGAAGGUCAAAAAGCGACCCGGUGGACGUCCAGAGGUCAUUUACAACUACGUCCAGAGGCCCUUCAUCCGCAUGUCCUGGGAAAAAGAGGAGGGUAAAAGCCGCCACGUGGACUUCCAGUGUGUGAAGUCCAAGUCCAUCACCAACCUGGCAGCCGCGGCAGCAGACUUCCCCCAGGACCAGCUGGUGAUGCACCCCGGCCCCCAGGUGGACGAACUGGACAACCUGUCUAACCAGCUGCCUGGUGGCAAUCACUACAGCAACAACUACAGCAACGAGCCUGACCCCGAUGCACCGUCACCUGCUGUCUGAGGACUCACUGGCCCUCUUCCAAUGCCUCUGCCCCCCCCCCCCACUCCUCCUCUUCCUCUAGUCCUCCUCCCAGCAUGCUGCAGCAUGGAGCGCCAGGGGCACCAUAACCAUAUUGCCUUGACACCUCCUUUGCAGCCUUAGAGCCUCAAGAACCUGGUUGGCAGUAGAAACAGAAUCAUGAGGGACAUAAGACUGGUGAAAAGAAGUUGACUAUUAUUAUUUUAGUUUUAGUUUUUUUUACUUGACCAAAGGAAUUUAUUUUUCUGUUUGGAAUAAAAAUGUGUAAAACACUUAUUAUUAACAUUAUUAUUUAAAAUGUUAUUGUUCCUUCAUUUGAUGGGUUUGAUUGAGCACUCGCACUGUUUUCUCACAGGGUUUUAUUUCACUGAUGAUAUUGAUUUGAAUUAUAUUGGGUGGCCUAACUACUAAAUGUGCUUUGGUGGAAAUAUGACUUUCUGGUCAUGGAGAAAAAUCAGUUAUCACCGCAUAGUGUCAUGAUAUCCAAUUGGACGCCUCUCAGAUGUCUUUGAAUCUUGUAAUUAGGUAUGUAGUCAUUGGCUGGAUCUGAUUUGUGAUGUUAUGCUCAUCCCGCAGCCCAGAUAUAAAGCAGAGCACAGGCUGCUGUGGUCAGAAUCUUUUUGUGCAAAGCUUGAAAUUGUUGUUAAAAAGAAAACGCAAAAUGAUCAAAUAAAGACAUCAAAAGAA